GUGUACUAUCACGAAAAGUUGCUACUUGCCAAAGAUCUAAAUAUGAACGACGCUGAGACCAUACAAUACUUGAUUGAUGGAAUCCCGGAUCAACAGUUACGCAAUCAAGCAUUGCUUCAAUGUUUUGUCUCGACAGAGGCUAUGCUUAUGGCAUUCCAGCACCUGAACAGACCUCGUCCACCACCCACCAAGAUGCGUCCUUCCUUGGCUGACGUUAAGAACUACACAGGACCCAAGUCAGAUGUAAGCCAACCAGGGACCACAACUACAUCGUCACAGGCCAUGAAAUGUUGCAAUUGCCAUAGCUUGGGCCAUUCCGCAGCCGAAUGCCGCAAGCCUGUACGCCCAGAUGGAGCUUGCUAUGCCUGUGGUGAAUACGGGCAUGUGGCCAGAGACUGCAAGCUGUAUAAGAAGAACAUCAAAGAAACUAAAAACGAUUACAGUGCCUUCUAGACUCGGGAAGUCCGAUCUCAUUUGUUAAACAAUCAAUAGUUCCUGAAGGACUUAAAAUUCGUAACACUGAAGACCAUGAAGAUUAUGUUGGAAUAAAUAAUAGUAAAUUAGUCAUUUUUGGAAAAAUAUUUUGUAACAUUAUAACUUCAAAUAAAACUGUUAAUAUUGAAACAAUGGUCGUGAACAAUGAGUCUACAAGGUACAAUAUGGUACUAGGUAGAGAUUUCUUAGAGCUAUGCAAUUUACAAUUAAUUUCAGUGAACGAUACUAAGACCAGAUUGAUCGAUGUAAAAUGGUAUGAUAACUAUGAACAGCCUGUAAGGGUAGGCAUCACAGAAACAACAAAGAGUAUAAGACAACGUAAAGUCUCAACAGAAGAGUCAAAAGUAGAGCCAAAAGUAGAGUCAAUAGUAGCGGAAG